UGUUGCUAUAUCAUGUUCGGUGUCCUCGUCGAUAUAACUGUGCGAUUGCAAGGUUGUGAGUUGCGGAGGAUAGCUGGAGUAUGAGCAACAACUCUGAGCCUUCCUCGGCAGGGGCAGCGGAGAAAGAGCGGAAGAAUGAAGCGGCGACAGACGGGCAGGAGCACGCUCCACUGCCAGACUCGAAAAUCUCAGUUGACCUCGCCGACUCGCCAUACUUCACCCAUGACGACGAUGAGAAGCCAAAGAAGAAAGGCCUGCCAGAAUGGCUCAACCACUUCAACGCGAAGGACUUGAAGACGCUGUUCAAGUGCUCGGCCGCAGUCUGGAUCGCGACACUGUUCCUACUCGUCAAUCCAGUCCUCGUUGCAUAUGGCCAGGCCACUUUCUUCGGGUGCAUCGUGCUUUUUAUUGUGCCGUGCAAUGGCAUCGUCUUCAUUCAUGUCAUGGGCGGGCUGACCAUGGUUGUUGGUAUGGCCGCCGCGUGGGCGUGGGGUGUGAUCUCGAUGAAGGCAGCGUUGGCUACUCGGCCGGCGGCUGAGACGAAUGCGAGACUGGCGCAACUUGUAGCCCAAGCCACUCGGCAGCAAACGAAUACCGAGCAGACGACCGGACAGUCGACUUAUACCCAGGUGCUCAUCUUCGAAGGAUUCAUGCUUGAUACAAGGGUCACUAUCACAUACUUCUGCAUGAUCGGUCUCUUCGUCUACUUGGUUGCACGCAUCCGCGUUGCCGCACCGAAGCUUGCAUUGCUCCAGGUGUUUGCGAUUGUCGUCUCGGACAUCUUCCUCACGAUCGGCCCUUUGAUCCCGAGCUUCUCUGGCACGAUACCUUCUGUCCUGAUCAAGCCGGCGGCCACAGCAAUUGCAAUUGGCGUGGUGUGCAACAUUGUCUUUUUCCCGCAGUCUACCUCGCACCUUGUCUUGGAGACCAUGGAGGGCGUUGUGGCUCCAAUGAAGGGCUUUUUCAAUGCUUGCAAGCUGGGCUUCAGAGACUCACAUGCGAAAUUCGAUCUGGUGCAACUCCAGAAAACCAAGGCGGGUACCAUAGCCGCCUACAAGGGAGUGGAAGCUAGCCUGGGCUUCCUCGCGCUCGAUCUGUCAACUGGGCGAUGGAGCGCUGAGGAUGUACAGAGCUUGCAGGAACCUCUGCGUCAGCUUGUCAUCAUGUUUCUGGGACUAUUGCAGCUUCAGAUCACUCGUGUGGAAUCGGGGAUAAAGAAUGAGAAGCUUGAAUUAUUGGAUGAGGUUAUGCAUGGAGGAAACACGGAUACUGAAAUGCCCGAGAUCGGCCACAAUCAUCUAGUACAAGCGCUGAGUCUGAGAGAUCGCUUCCGACAUCCGGAGACCGAAGACUUGUUGGAAAAGAGUAUGGGAGCUUUGUUAACAUCGAGCGGAUCGCUGCUCGACACUUGUGCUGAUGUGGUGGACGCGGCUGUGGAGGCUUUGCAGACUGUUAACCGCAGGCGGUGGUUCAAUAAGCCCGGUUUUGACGAAUGCGAUAUGCUUCGGCUGAAGCAUGAGAAGGUCCUCACGAGGCUCAAGGAAGAUCAGAAGCAGUUUGAAGUACUGAGUUCACAACAUUUGCUGGAUCCGCACAAUCAUCUAUUCGACGAACAUGGGCAUCUAAAGUUGCAAGGGCACGCCGGUGCUCCCGUGCACGGCCUGAUGCUCGGGUUGAUAUUCGAAGAGCGAAUUCUGGGCGUGGCUUCUGGCUUGGAUGCGCUGCUUACCCGAGUCAUCAGACUCGAGCAUGAUCGGACGAAGACGAAGAUAUGGUUUCCGACGAGUUUGCGCAAUCUGUUCUCGUGGGGCCUUGUGGAGGACGCUGCUCCUGGUGUCACUGCAAUGUCAAGCGACAGCGAUGGUGCAGAGCUGGAGAAAGUUGUGACAAAGAACGAAAGAAAGAUAUCAAAGAAGAGGAGCAAAGAGGAGAAGGAGGCAGGAGCACAGGAACAACUCGACAGACUUCACUUCCACCGCGGCACGAAACGAAGUACUUUCGGAAAGACCUUGCUCGCGAUCACGCACUGGCUGGGAAACACCGAAGGCCUGUACGCUUUGCGAGUGCUGAUUGUGACAAUUGCGAUGGCACUUCCUGCUGUCUUGACUUCUAGCGCGGGCUUCUACUAUCGCGAGAAGGGUCUCUGGGCUCUGAUCAUGUCUCAGACUGGCCUUGUGGCGUACACCGCCGACUUCGUGUAUGGCUUCACUCUCAGAACGAUCGGGACAGUUGUGGGAGGUAUCCUGGGCAUGGUAUGCUGGUACAUCGGAGCCGGAAACGGGCCUGGAAAUCCCUACGGUAUGGCUGCGAUCAUGGCAUUGGCGAUUGUUCUCUUGAUGUGGGCGAGACUGUUUGCUCCGCCAGCACUCCUGCAGGGCGUACUCCUGGUGGCAUCGACAAUAUACCUUGUCGUGGCAUAUAGCUGGGUCGACACGCAUAUUCCGUCGUACGGCAAUCCCGGUGUUGGCUACUCCGUCUUCUGGCGGAGAGCUUUGCUUGUGAUGAUCGGUUUCACGGCGUCGGCGAUUGUGAUCUUCAUCCCGCGGCCGCCCUCCGCAUCAAGGCAUUAUCGACGCGUUCUAUCGAGCACCAUUCGAAGCAGCAAGGAUUUAUACGCGCUAUAUGUCACGUCGUGGUCGCACGCGUAUUCGGAUCUGAAGGAGACGUCAGAGAUGCAGAUAUUGACCAAUUCGGAGACUCUUGCGGCAAUUGCUGGCCCGAUUAGACUGUUGAAGUUUGAAUUCUCAAGCUCGAACUUUGAUGCGGAGACGCUGACCCAUGUCACGAAUCUGUGUAUGACCAUCAAUCAAAGCUUGAGUCAGCUGUUGAUGUAUUCGAAUUUGCUUGCGCAAGAUCUGAAGGAAAGAUUUGCGCGCCUGUCUGGCGCUCUGGAUGAGCGCAUCAUCGGCGAUCUGAUGGCGGUGCUGACCCUGGUUGAGCAGUCACUGAAGACAAAUGAUCCAUUUCCAGCGGUCUUGCCGGUGCCACUUAUCGCGAGAUGCGUUGGCCUGAACAGAGCGUUUGCCAGAGAAGAAGCUGGACAAGGAACUCUGGGCAUUGACGCUGUUAGGGAGGAAGGUUUCUGCAAGUAUUGCGUUGUGCUGAGCGCGUUCAUUCAGCUGCUGGGCGCCGCGGAUGAGCUGGUCUGGCGAGUCAAGACUGCGGUUGGGGAGACGAGCUAUGUCGAUAUUGAGCAGCCGUUCUUGUCGAGAAACGAGGGCUAGAAUCGAUUAGCUCCAUGAGUAUAACGCAGCGUUAAAUACUGCCUCCCAUGCGUCGUAAUCCCUCGGCCGUAAACACCCCGUUAGACCGUUGUGAGAGGAAGUUAACAUGGAAGAGUCCUAGAAUAGAAAUCCACCCACAAAGUACGGUUCGAUGCCAUAAAAACUCCCUCUGUCUCUCUACACGU